CUUUGGUCUAGUUAUUGAUUUGAGGGCAUUUAAGUUAAUGGCUCUAACUCUCUUUGUUUUGUCGAACAAUAAUGAAUAUAUUUUUACUUUUGUAUAUAACUGGGCUGAAAAUAAUACAAUAUUUCAAAACCUCGACUUAAAAAAACACCUAGCUGUCCAAUUAUAUAAUUGUUAAAAAGUAAUAUUCGGCAUAACCAAACGUACCAUCUUUCGAGUGAGGCAUGUUUCAUGCCAUCAUUAUUAUUAAGGCCUAAUAUUAAUAUUUAGGCUAAAUUUUAGGAAUACUUUAUUUAAUUAGUUCUCAGUUUUAAUCAUUUUAAUACAGUAUCAGUAUGUAGCAGAUGGACGAUUCAAAUUAUGCAAUUCUACUCAUCCUCAAAAUCAAAAUAAAACAAAAACUGUUUUAGGGGAUUUCCGAUUAUAUCUGAAUCUGAUAAUCCGACAUCAUUUGUUUAGAAUUAAGAUUUAAGCGUUCAAUAGCUGACAAGUUUUACUUCGUCGUUUGGAGUGCUAGUGAACGCGAAGACGAGAUAAGGUGAUAGUGCCGAUAGUUUGGUAAGUAAAUACAUCAAAUUUAAAAUAUAUAUUUUUUUAAUUUAUUAAUUAGGCCACAUUUUCUGGCUUCUACUUCUACUUCUUCAGUUCCUUGGCCUUGGAUGGUUCUUGCACAUUUUUUUUAAAGGUUUAUUUAUUUAUGUUUGUGAGUGUGAGUUAAUUAAAAAUUCUUAAAAUGCUUACAUUGCAUAUUUUUUUUAAAGAGCCCAACAAGCCAAAGCCUAAGCCUAUUCCAGUGGUCCAGUUAUUUGUAGUUGUAUCCUCCUGAAUCCUACUAAUAAUAUUAAUUAAGUUAAUAAUAAGGGCAUUUUCAUUUAUAAUGUAAAUUUAUGCCCUUUUUUAAAUAUUGCUUAUUACUAAAUAUGUCACAUUGGGAAAUGACGUUGGUGGGCUGUCAGGCACAACAUGUGAAUGCCUCCCCCCCCCCCCGACAGACCGUGCAGCGGCAUGCCGGGAACCUCCCUUUUGGCCCGGGGGGACGUCCAGCCUACUGAAAAUAAUAAUAAAGGCAUUUUCAUUUAUAAUGUAAAUUUAUGCCCUUUUUUAAAUAUUGCUUAUUACUAAAUAUGUCACAUUGGGAAAUGACGUGGGGGGGCUGUCAGGCACAACAUGUGAAUGCCCCCCCCCCCCCCCGACAGACCGUGCAGCGGCAUGCCGGGAACCUCCCUUCUGGCCUGGGGGGACGUCCAGUCUACUGAAAACUCUGCGGUUAAAACGUUCGCAGCCGACUCUCCCGAGGGUUUGGGCAGGUUUGCUUCCACUCCGAGGGAAAUGGUGUGGCGUUACCACCCCCACCACCCAGGGAGUCUUUCGGUCAGGACGGAAAGCUGGGAUGAAACGGUUGCCUUGGAGCAGCUUUCUCAUGGCUGCAUAGCUAGAAUCAUCGACACAGGUUGUUAUCACCACCCAAGCCUCGUAUCCAUUAACGGCAACAAGUAAUCAUUUUAUUGCAAUACUACUCCCAUUGCGUUGGGAGUCAUACGGUCGGUCGGGGUUUUUGGCUUCAGGUGGACAAGUCCACCCUACUAGUUUUCCAUGCCACGAAGAGGCAAACCCCAUGUGGGCGCCCCUCAGUUUCGUCUGAGACGCUUCCGAAUGCUAGGCCUAUAUAUAGAACUAUAUAGUCUAUGGCUAUAGCAGAUAUAGUCUAGUCAUAAAAUUAUAUGCAUCGGCCCCUUAUGUUAUUUUAUUUUAUUAGUAAAUAGUAACAAUUAUGUUAUGUAAAUAUGAAAGUUAAAUUUCAUUGAUGAAUUAUGACAUAAUUUAUGUUGACAAAUUUUUGAUUAAUAUGAUGAUUAUAAAAUAUAAAAAUAAAUUUAAUAAUUAUGUGAUUUUUUAAAAUUAAAAUUAAGGAUUAUGAUUUAGUUUAAGCAUUAAAUAAUAAUAAUAAACUGAUAUUGAUAAGCUAGAGAUAUCUCAUAACAGGUUCGCACCAAGGAAAUUCUGGGCCCCAGGCAGCUGAUAGAGUUCUGGCACUUUUUGUAUUUCAAACCUGUGCGUAUAUUUUAAAAACUCGAAAAAUGGCGGGCUCCUAUCUAGCUAGGGCCCUUAACAAGUGCCAUGGUUCCCCUCCCCCCCCCCCCCCCCCCCCCCCAAUGCGGGCCUGCUCAUAAGAUCAACUAAACGUCAUUUUAUUAUUUUGACUUUUGGUGGGAACAGUUUCGAACACUGCUUAAUCAAGACCAGCUCUGGGCAUCACAAACUCUAGCUACUCUACUGAUCUUAUAGAAAUCACACCAGACACUCUGAUGGCACCUUGCCCUUACUCUUAGAUCUAUUAUCAAAACCGACUUGAGCAAACUCUGAAAAAUUUGUAAUUUUCCAUUUUGUGUCACCGUCCUAUUAGGGUGUCACCAGGUGGGGUUUGCAUCCCCUCACCCACCUAGUCACUAGUGAUGCUGUUGAUAAAUAUGUGGCUUAGAAUUAGAGGCAGAAUCAGAUGGCAUUGAGACUAGCUCACAAGCAGAUCCCAAUAAUACAUCUAUUUCACAGGAAUUAGUCAUUCUUCACCUUGAAGCUCAAGCUAAAAUGUUUAUGAUGCCUUUAGCAAAAUAUGUUUGUGGUUUCUAUUUGGUCUUUUUAAAAAAAAAAAAUAUUUGGUAUCUGAACCAUUUUUACAGUGUUUUAAAAACUGUUAAUGUUUCAUUGUGCUUCCUUUUUUAAGCUAUAUCCACAUGUAUUUGCUGAACAUAACAUACAUUUUUUUUACCAUGUAGUGAAUAUAAUUUUUAUUUAAUAAAAUGUUUAGCUAAUAAUAACUAUGUAUAUUUAUAUAUAAAUAUAAUUAAAUGAAUUGACACUCACAUAAAAAGGAACAAAUGAAUCCACAAAAAUGAAACAUUUCCUAAUAGUAGAAAUAUUUUAUUCAAACUAACUGUUUGAUUGUGUGAAUUCUUGAUUUUAAGACAAUUUUUGCAGAGCCUUUUGGUUUUUGUUGUAGAUAAUUCAUACUUAUUUGGGGUGCAGCCCACUUGAGUUUACUUUGAUGUGGGAAAGGGAUAUUCUGACAAAUUGAAAAUAUUACCACUAAAAAAUGUUUUAAAAAUGCAUUUAUUACCCCAUCUCAAGCACACAUGAACAGUUUGUUGGGAAAUUCCUCUGUUGAUAAAUGUGAGUCAUUAAAAGUAACUUAGAACUACAGAAAAUAUCACAUACUAUGGGUUCGAUGACCAUUAAUUAGAGGUCCUUUAUUGCAUUUUCAGAAGGACAGGACAGAGAUAACAAAUUAAGGAAGGUGAUGUAAUGAUUAGAUAUGUUUAGUAACAGUGAUUCAAUACACACAAUAUUAAACACUCUUAAAUUUUCCCAGUGUUAGCUACUUCCAUUCUAAAACAUUUCAGCUAUUCUUCAAAGUAGCUGUCACACAGGUAGUGCCUGUUUUUAAGUUCUGGUGUGUGACUGGACUUUGUGGAGAUAUGCAGCAAAUGGGCCAUAGCAGCAGUCAAGGUAAAAACACUCAAAAUUCAAACCCACCAAAUUAUCCGGUUAAAGCAAUUCACAUUCCUACUAAUGGUAAGCCAAUCCAUGUGAUAGACUAUGCCGUUGGUGCACCUCCCAGGGUCACAGUAAUUCCCAAUGGUGCUGCUCAGAUCUCCGUUUCAUCAACUCCUUCUGGGCUAAGUCAGAAUACAGCAGGUAAUAAUAAUCAGCAUAGUGAAUUUCAAACUUCAGAAUCACCAAAAAAUCAUUCCAUGUAUACUUCAUCACUAAGUACACAUUCAGUAGCAUUUCAAACUUCAGCCCCACCAAGUACUCAUUCAGGAGCAUGUCAGACUUCAGCCCCACCAAGUACACAUUCAGGAGCAUGUCAGACUUCAGCCCCACCAAGUGCACAUUCAGGAGCAUUUCAGACAUCAGCUCCACCAAGUACACAUUCAGGAGCAUUUCAGACAUCAGCCCCACCAAGUACACAUUCUGGAGCAUUUCAAACUUCAGCCCCACCAAGUAGACAUUCAGGAGCAUUUCAGACUUCAGCCUCACCAAGUACACAUUCAGGAGCAUGUCAAACUUCAGCCUCACCAAGUACACAUUCAGGAGCAUGUCAAACUUCAGGCCCACCAAGUACACAUUCAGGAGCAUUUCAGACUUCAGCCCCACCAAGUACACAUUCAGGAGCAUUUCAGACAUCAGCUCCACCAAGUACACAUUCAGGAGCAUUUCAGACAUCAGCCCCACCAAGUACACAUUCUGGAGCAUUUCAAACUUCAGCCCAACUAGGUACACAUUCAGGAGCAUUUCAGACAUCAGCCUCCCCAAGCACACAUUCAGGAGCAUGUCAAACUUCAGCCUCACCAAGCACACAUUCAGGAGCUUUUCAGAUGUCAGCCCAACCAAGUAAACAUUCAGGAGCAACUCAGACUUCAGCCUCACCAAGUACACAUUCAGGAGCAUGUCAAACUUCAGCCCCACCAAGUACACAUUCAGGAGCAUGUCAAACUUCAGGCCCACCAAGUACACAUUCAGGAGCAUUUCAAACUUCAGCCUCACCAAGUACACAUUCAGGAGCAUGUCAAACUUCAGCCCCACCAAGUACACAUUCAGGAGCAUUUCAAACCUCAGGCCCAUCAAGUACACAUUCAGGAGCAUUUCAAACUUCUGAUUAUGGCGAUCCUUUGAAUGAUUUUCCUUGGACUCCAUUUUCACAUAUUCCAUCCAAUGACCCAGUCACCCGACCUGAACAUGUUCAUCAAAAGAACUUUCAAACAAAUCUUGAGGCCAUUCACCUUGGAUAUCCAGUGAUCAACAUAAUAAACUGUAACAGGGACCACCAUUGUGUACUUGAUCAUUUACCAACAAGUAUUCUUUGCAACACUGAGGGUUCAAACUUUGAAAUACUUAGCUGGGGUCAGCAACAGAAUUUUGAAGAUCAGUUUUUGUCAAGAAAUCAACUUGACAGACGUCCCAUUCAAUUAAAGCGUAAGUUAAAUCAACCCCCUGUUAUACUCUACUUUGAUGAUGGUGAAAUGUGGUAAAGGACUUUUUAAAAAACAAGUAAGAUGUUUGUUAUACAAGAAAAAUAAAAUCUCUGUCUCUCUAAUUGACUAAGAAACCGUGUCAGUUCUUCUAAUACCAUCACACACACUUUUGUGGCUUCAAAGAUGGCACAGAAAAUAACUUUAAAUGUACGAACCUUAAUGGGUAAACUUUCCUGUAGAUCCAUACAGACAAGAACUAGAGUGCACUGUGUCUUCAACAAUAAUAUUUGUUCAGCUCAUCUUUUUGACAGUGGGUAGAAUUUGUUUAGACAGAUGUGUUUGUUUAUCUUGAUUAGAACAACCCUUAAAAAUAAUAGUUGCAAUGCAUAACGCAACAAUCAAAACCAUGAAAUAUGUUUACCCAAUUUGUUUUGUAACACACCUCCAUUUUAUGGUAGAAUUCCACCCACAUAUAAUAAAAAAAAAAUUUUUUAAGACAUCAAAGAAUAAAACUCACUGUAAAAGAUUUUAACUAUGGACAUACUCAAUGCAAUAAUUCAAAUAGCAACUUGUUAACUAGCUUCUCAAUUCAUGGUUGAGAUUUUUUCAUGCAAACCUAUUUUAUUCUCAAAUUUAAUUAUUUUAUUUUUUUGGCUUUAAAUGUUGAAAUUGAAAACCCACUCCCACAGUAUUAUGAUAUCAUUCAAAAUUUUGAUAAUUGUUUCACAACCAACAGAAAACACUUUGAGACCCCAUUUGGUGUCACAAUCCAUAGGUUUGGAACCUGUGGUUUAAGAAGAAAGCUGAGACUGACAACAUCUCAGAUUCAGACAGUAUUCAUUCAUAUUUUUUUAGCAGUGUUCUGAAUAGGACAUUGAUUAGACGAUGUUAUAUAUUUUUUAGGCACUGACCUGGAAAUGCUGAGUAACCUGGCAUUUACCCAGACCUGACCAAAAAAUAGAACCUGGUGAGGGUGUUGAAAAAAAAAAAGAGUUUACUUCUCAGUUUCUAUAAUGUGUUCCACCUAAGUGGGAGAAAUAAAAAGGGCAUGAAUAGAACCAGUGUAUAUUUUUUUUUUUACAUAAUAUUUUUGUACGUCUGACAUGAAUAAAAUAAACUGUAAUAGAAAACUAUUGGUGUGAAACCAAAUAUAAGCUAAAUGAAACUGCAAAGCUCUGAAAAUAAUGUACUUAAUGCGAAUUUUGUGUAAAUAUUUGUCUUAGCGAGCGACAUAUCUUUGGUUAUGACCCUGAUACAUUUAAUGUCUCAUGUAACAUGCUGACUGGCUGAUGAUACUGAGUAGCCCAAGUUUGUGUGUGUAUGUGUCUUGAUCAUUUCUCAAUUCUGUCAUAGAAUUUGAUAAUGGCAACACAAAUUCAAUAAGUGGAGCAAUUAGAAUAAAUGUAAGAAGGCUAGGAUGGUAUCAUCAGGAUAUAAAUAUUUAUUUAAAUAAUAUGCAUACGUUGGUAUUAGAAAAAUGAAAACUGCUAGCUAACAGCACCACUAAUGCAUAUAGCGAAGCUCCGCUCCAUGUUUGAUUUCUGUUAUAGUUAUGGGUUAGGGCAGUGGUUCUCAAACUGUGGGCGGCCUGACAAAAUGUCAGUGGCUGCUUGAGAAUUCCAGGUGGGUUUUGUGUGUAAAAUUACCUCUUUUUUUCUGAUUUGAAUUUAAAUUAAAUUAUAGAUUAAAAUAUUAUUUACAGUGAUCUGACUGGUUUAUUAUUGUUAGUGCAGCUACAUAAAAGUUUAAAAAGAAACUAUGAUUUAUUCCGUACAUGUCAGGAGCUAAUUUAGUAUAAAAAUUUUGUUAGUUUCUUUUAAUUUUUAAAAAAAAUGCAUUUGAAAAGAUGGAAAAAAAAAUUUUUGUUGUUGCAAAUUUUUUCACUCAACUUAAAAGUUGUCAGCUUCCACACAAUACUAUAAACCGGUGUGUGAAUUCAUCAAAAUUACAGACCCUCUGCAGACCUCUCCAAGCUUUGUUGCCCUUAUUUCUGCUUCCGUGCACACAGCCCCGAAUCAACUAUACAGUACCAGCACCUUUUGAUCUUUAAAAAAAAAGCCCCCCCCCUCUCCCAACCUGUUUCUCAAAUUGAAGGUAUUAUUCUGGUUGUUGCUAAUCUUAUAAAGGGGUGGCAGCACUAAAAUGGUUGAGAACCACUGGGUUAGGAUUAUAUUAUUAAGUUAUUAGUGUUUUGAAGCAUUCAACUUUGACGCCUUCAUGAUUGUUACUGGUUCUAUGCAUAAACUUUUCAAUUAUGCCUAUUGGGUGGAACACAAUUUUAGAAAAUGAGAAGAUAACUCCUUUUUUGUAACACCCGGACACAGACUUGGAUUCCUCAGGCAUUGUUUCAAAAUACCCGGACUGUGUGUAAUACACUGCACCUGGGCCCUAAUAUGUUUCAUCAAUCAUUCAAUGGGCAUUUCCUUACAUGGCUUUAACUUUCUUAAAUCCUCCAUAUAAAAAUAAAUGCCUAUUUUUCUGUCUUGAGAUGAAUUUAAGAGUGCUACAUUUGUCCUAUUGCACAAGGAAAUUUAUUUGUAUUGUAAGAAUUUUAAAAGUUUAUGUGAUACUUGUCAUAUAGUAAUGCAGUGAAUAUCGCAGGAGUUACGUUCCGAGAACCUCUGUGAAAUGCAAAAAUCCACAAAGUAGGAUUUAUAUAUUUUUCAAAGCUUAAUAAAUCUGUCGCACCUUUUAAAAAAAGUUAUAUAAAAGGUUAUAUACAUAUUCUUUUCAAUAUUUUAGCCUAGAAAAUGUUUAUUUUACCACAUAAAUUAUUAAAAUAAUAAAUAUUUAAAAAACCUAUUCUGUAAACCGCAAUCUCCAGCAAAAAUCCGUGGAACAUAUCGUAGGAGAUAACAAGCGAAGGUGUAAGGAUGCGAAAUGGGAAGCGUAAAGUAUGCUAUCUAUUGUAGUUCAAGGAGAUCUGAUGUAACAUGGGGAUUGAUCAGAAAUUAGUGUUUACUGUGACACCCUAUUGAUUUUACAUUACUCUCUGUUACAAAAAUUUCUUUAUGUGUGUAAUAAUGCUGACAUCUUGUGAGACACUGACAAGCUCCCUGCUCUUCAGUAGUGUGUAACACCAGGCUUGUACAAUGGUUGUUAGGUCAACAUUCCAAUCACAGCCCACUUUCCUAUGUUAUACCGCAGCAGAUGUAACCUUCACAGAUGAGCCUGUCACUGAAGUUUGUUUGUGUACAUGUUGACAACUGCAGUUUGACAUCAAGUUGUGGACUGUGAUCACACCCACUUUGUCAGAGAUCCUCAACUUGGCACUGGCCAAAUACCAACAUCAGUCUAAACUAAGCUCAUUGUCUCUAUUUUUUAACAUUAUACAUUCCCAUCUAGCCCCAAUGUGCUACAUCAUUCCUUUUGAGUGGGAGGAUUGCAGCUGUCUUGAAAAUAUGUUAUAGAUUUGUUCAGGUGAUCACUUACCCACUCAUGUGCAAAUACAGAGACUUUCUAUAUAUAGUAUUGAUGGGAUCCUCAUCUAUCUAUAUUUUGUCUGUCGCUUUUUACUAGAUUCUUCCACACAUUUGUACUAAAAGUAGAGUAAAAAUGAAGUUCUCUCCAUUUCUCUCUUAAAAAUUGUAUUAGUUUGCUUUACAAACUUUUUAUUUCACACCUACAACUUUAAUCAAUGACAUAAAAAAAUUAUGAAAGUGUAUAAUCACAAUAAAUAACUAUCGACAUCCUAUGUUUGUUUUGCUCCUGGUUUAUUCUCAUUAUUGGUUACUUUUUUUGUGUGGAUAUUUCCAUUGUAGAUUCUUGAAAGUCUGAAAUAUCUGUAGCUUUGAUAAAGAUUUUUUGUCUCUGCCACAUAAAGUAUUAAGGAUUAAUGAAUAAAAUCAAGUCUAUUUUUUUUAAAAAACAAUUUACUUCAAUUGUAAUUUCGACUUCAUCACUAAACUCAUACUUUCUACGUAAUUUGUCACAGCAUUAUCAUCACACUAUCAUCACAGCAGUACUUUUUAUAUAACUUGUCACAUCAUUAUCAUUUGUUUUACUAGUUACUCUGUUGGUAAAAACAACUCUGCACCCGUUGUAAUGUCAUUCAUACUUUUACCCACAAUUCAGAUCCACCAGCACCUGUGUACCGCAGACCCCCUACAAUUAUGUGUUAUAUUUGCUCUAGAGAGUAUGGAACGGCAUCCAUUGGCAUUCAUGAAAAACAGUGUCUAUCCAAGUGGAAGUUUGAAAACGACCAGCUUCCUCCCGCAAUGCGCCGACCUGUGCCAGUGAAGCCUCAGCCGAUAGUUGAGGCAGAGCGUGCCCUGAAAUCUAGCAAAUCUGGGACCUAUAAUCUAGAUGCAAUCAAUGAAGCUGCAUUUCAGGCUGCUCAGCUUCAGUAUCUUCCAUGCCAAAAAUGUGGUCGGACUUUCCUUCCAGAUCGAUUGCCUGUCCAUGAGAAGCACUGCCGCGGGAAAAAAGAUCUGAAAAGAAAUGCGGUUACCUUUCAUCCAUGAUUAUGUAAUUAGCCACUUUCAGCAAAGUAAUUGGGCAUUUCUUUAAAAACUAAUAUGAUCUGUGAUAAUGGUAGUCUGAUUGGCCAGCCAACUAGGGUGUUCAUUUCAAAAAGGGUCGCCUAUAUUAAAUCUUGUUGUGAUAGCAUGUAUUUUGUCCCUAUGUGACUAUUUUAGAAUGCCAGAGUUUGCAAUUAUUGGUUUUGCCAUUUGUUGUACAUCGCGCUCUCACAUCUCUAAUGAGAUAUUGAAAGUAGACCAGUUUGCUGGUGUGGUUUAUCUCAUUGUAUCAAUCAAUAUUAUUUAAUAAAAAAAAUGUAUGUCUUAAAGAUUUAAUAGGCAGUAUUUAUUUCAAUCCAUCUACCUGGCAUUAUUGUAGGCAACAUAUGACAUUUACAAAUGUGCUUUAAGUGAUGAACUAACAAAUCUUUACUUUAUAAUGCAAUUUUUAAUAGCAAAAAUGUUAUUAAAAUUUAAAUAAAACAUAUUUUCAAAGGGGAUGAACAAUUUUAAAAUGUUCUUAAAUUAUUAUAAUUGUUUUUUUUUUCUUUGUUAACAUUUGCUACGUUAGUUUAAAAAAAAAAAUAAUAAUCAAGAUUAACAGUUGUAAAGUAAAUUUUGUAUUCUAUUAAAAAGAGCUGAAAUGAAGAAAAAAACUCUAAUGACAUAUAGUUACAUCCUUCUAUCUUGUUUAGUUUCCUGUCCUUUAUUAAUCAUUUGCAAUAGUUGAAAGUCCUGAGGAAUGAAAUUUGAUGCAGACAGGGGCAUAUCUGAGUUGAUUGAGGCCAUGUCAUGUUAUUUUUUUACAAUAUAUAUUUGUUCCAUAAGAUCUAUAAAUCAGAUUUGCCUCUGGAUGCAAACCAUUGUGUUUAUCAUUUAUCCUUAGCUUCUUGUUGAUUCAUUACAUUUUCUUGAUUUUUAAUUUAACACUUAGAUUCUUGUCAAAGAUGAACUAAGAUGAACUGUUUCAAUAAAAAACAGCUGGUUUUCUUUGACACAGAGCAUACAAAAAUUACUUAUGCCCACACAGCAAAAAAACCCAAUAAUAAAUGGAAAUGAUCUUUAAAUUAAAUUAUUUUACAAACCAAGGCAUCAGUUAGAAAAAUUCUGGUCACUUUUUCUUUAAAAGUCUUGAGUUUUGUUUUGGUUUUGUUUUGCGUGUUUAAUCUUUAUCUAAUGUGAAUUAUUGAAGCCAUUGGACUGGGCAAUGAGGAUUUCAAGCCCUAAGCAAUAUUUAUUCUCAUAUAUUCAACCAUGUGUAGCACUGUCAAGUUAUUUGUGACUGAUAACCUAAGUUACUGAAGCUAAAACACAUUUGGUGUCAUCAGUAAGACUUGCGUUAGGAUGGCCACACGAGGCAAGUCAACCUGUCUCUUUAAGUCACAUGGCAUCAAAACUUUAAAAAAAAUUGAAUUUGGGAAGCUUAACCCCCCACACACACACACACCCACACACACACCAUCCAAAUUCAGAUAACUUUCUGAAAGCAACUCUUAUUGAAUUAACAACAAGAUUGUUACAUUGGAGAAACACAUUAUUUUGCAAAACAAUUAUCAGAAUUCAAUGAGUAUAAUUAAUAAAUAAAGGUUUCUCAUGUAAAUAUUCAAUCACAAGAUAAUGAUAACUAGGGCUAAACCAGGGGCAGUUUUUUUACACUGUGUCUGGGUAUUUUAAAGUCCAAGUGUUACAAAAAAAAUUAACUUCUCAUUUUCUAUAAUAUAUGCCGACCAUUAAACAGUAGGUCUAUAGACAGUCCUACACCCUGCCUGCUGGUCAUUUAACAGUAUGCCUACUGACAUUCCUAUGCCAUACCUGUGACGCUUUAUUGAUUAAUAUAACAGUCACCUCCGAAAAAUUCAACCUUCCUUCUUACCUUACCUGAGUUCAACCAUACGCAUGACGCUCACUGCGUGACAGCUUUUUUUUUAUUCAGUACUAGUAAUAUAAAACAAGUUGAUUAGGGGGAGGGCCGGUUGUGAAAAGGAAGCAGCCACAUCAGAAGCAAAAUAUAUAUAAGAGAUAUUAAAAUUAACAUUAAUUCAAGAUUUACUUGAUCAGCAUCUUCAAUCUGAAAUGAAAAACAACUUUGUGAAUCUGAUCAGAUUUAAUUGAAAGAUAUGAAUGAUAAAAAAUGAUGGCCAAAUGAUACAAUCUGAUUGCAAUUGAAAUAGAUUUCUAAUAACCAUUUUUACUGUAAUUGAUUCAUGUGCACCUUUCCUAUUUUAUUUUUUUAUGACACCAUCUUUUCUUAUAUUAAAGUGAUACAAGGAAUGGUAAAUCAAAAUAGGAAUUCAAAUUUUAAAAAAAAUAAAAAAUUAUAUGAAUUAUUAAUAGGGUACCGUGAGAUUAAGGGAAGAUAUAAAUUUAAAAAACCCAGAUGUGAAGCCCAUCCCUCCUGCAGUUUUAUGGUUGCCAGAAAAAUGUAGCCCACCUUUCCUUUCUUACACUCAGAAUUUGUGAUACAGACCAAUCAAGGGCUUAAUGGUUCUCUCUUUUUUUAUAUGGAAGGUGUUGUAACAUACCAUUAAUAUGAUGUCCUUUUAUCAUUAGCCAAUAUUUAUGAUCAUAAACCAUUCUUUUUUUUUAUAAACCAUUAAUUUUAUUUAUAACCUGGAUUUUCAGACUGAAAACACCAAAGAUGAUGGCCAAAAAGCAAGCAUACAUUCCCGGUUUGAAUGCCAGACCAGAUGAUUUUGAGAUGCCCCCACCACGAGUGGAAGAGGUAAAGCCAUUAGAAAACGUGAUUUGUUAUCAUUUAACUGGGUCUUAUUUAGUUUUUAUCAGGUUGCCUAUUUAAACCAAUUUUUCUUUACUAUUUAAAAAAAUAUAGCAUUGUCAAGAGAAAGGGUAAUUUUUUAUACAUUUUUAAAGUGGGCAAUUUUUAAUUAUACCUGUAGUGAAAAUAGACAUUGGCUGUGCUAUAUUACUUUCAUAAUGAUUUAAUUUACCUUGGAAGUUUGCCCUUGUCAACUUGAUUGAAUAAAAUAUAUAUUGUGUGAAAAUAUAUAUAUAUAUAUAGAUAGAUAUAGAUAUAUACAUACUAUGUAGACCUUAUGUCAAAGUGUUAUAAAAGCAAACUUAAAAUAGUAAUAAGGGGGCUAGACUGCAAUCAGGUUUUAAAAAAAUUUAAACAAUAAGAAUUGUGUAUAAGCAUGCAUGCUCUUUAGCAUGCUUUACAUUGGUAUACAAAUACUCAUUUAAUUGAGUUUUAUUUACAAUUUGGUGCAUUUAUCUAAAUUUCUAAAUUUAAUUUCUUAACACUCAUUGUUAUAUAAUCAUUAAACAUGUUUCAGCUAAAUAUUUUGUCAACUAUGUUGAUUUAGAUAGUUGUAACAUAUAACAGAGAAAAAAACUGAGUAAAAAAUGGUAAUUUCCAUUUAACUAUAGAAAUGUUGACUUCCAUUUAACUAUAGAAAUGUUGACUUCCAUUUAACUAUUGAAAUGUUCACUUCCAUUUAACUAUUGAAAUGUUCACUUCCAUUUAACUAUAGAAAUGUUCACUUCCAUUUAACUAUAGAAAUGUUCACUUCCAUUUAACUAUAGAAAUGUUCACUUCCAUUUAACUAUAGAAAUGUUCACUUCCAUUUAACUAUUGAAAUGUUCACUUCCAUUUAACUAUUGAAAUGUUCACUUCCAUUUAACUAUAGAAAUGUUCACUUCCAUUUAACUAUAGAAAUGUUCACUUCCAUUUAACUAUAGAAAUGUUCACUUCCAUUUAACUAUAGAAAUGUUCACUUCCAUUUAACUAUAGAAAUGUUCACUUCCAUUUAACUAUAGAAAUGUUCACUUCCAUUUAACUAUAGAAAUGUUCACUUCCAUUUAACUAUAGAAAUAUUCACUUCCAUUUAACUAUUGAAAUGUUCACUUCCAUCUGACUGAAUAUCUUACUGGAAUAGGUUAUUAAUGAUGGGCCUUACACAAAGAAGUAGCAAAAUUAUUUAUGUGUAUCAUAAACUACAAUAUUCCAGCAAUAUUUGCUUUGAACUUGUGGGUUGCAUGAAUAGCGCCAAAGUUUAUUAUGCUGGAAAUUUUAAUGGCGCUUGCUGGUCCUCACUGUGGCGAUUAGUAUGUUGUUUAAGAGACUUGAAGAACUGGUUGCUGGUUUCAAGCCUCUACAAGGCUGAUGUGAAGUCAAAUAAUCGGGAGACGAUUCAAAGUUUAAAGCACUCUACUCCUAUAAAAAAUAUUUAGAUUCACCCCUAGCAAAAAUUAUUAAGUUUCUCUCCUAUAAAAAAUAAUAUUUGUCUCUCCCAUUAAAUUUUAAUCAACACUUAUCUGCCGUGAUUAAAUGAAUACAUGGAAGAACAAAUUCCCCUCGUUCACUCACAUAACAUCCAAAACUUCACGAUACAGCAGAACCACAUCAUGGAAUCUGACCGGGACACUCACAUUUCAUGUGUUUCAACUCCACAGACAGAAGAUGAAUGCUUGAUCAGAGAGUUCCAAAUGAAUAUCAAAAAUCCAACCAUGUGCCUUCAUGAAUAUUGCCAGAAAUAUCAAAUGUCUGUAACCUUCAAAGAGGAGCCUGUAGAUAUAAGCCAUAAAACAGCUGUUUAUGGAAAGUAAGUGUUUCGGUGGUAGGCCGAUGGGAUCGUUUGUGUUCAACAGAAUGUUAAUAGAUUUUGAUAAAAAAUUAAUUUGCUGAUUUAGUGUUUGUAAUGGUGUGGUCAUGAAAUGUUUGUCUGGCUGGUUUCAACCCUGCAUUCAAAUUCUGUUUGACUUAAUUGGUUGUGACUGUGCGAUCAAAGAGGAAAUGAAUUUUGGCUUGUGGGUGAUCUAACACAAAAGACUUCAAAGAAUUAGAAUCCUGUGUGUUAGUCAAAACAUGUUUUCAGAAUAUUCUAAUUUUUCUUAAGUUUUGUUCAACAAACAUUUAACAACAAAAUGACUACACAUUUGCAAUUUAUGAAUCUGCCAUCAUAAUUAAUCUCAUACUUAAAUACCCUGAGUAGAAUUUAUUGUAAGAUCUGAAAUUUAAAACAGUGGUAAAAAUAUAGUCCAUAUUUUGAGUCUUUAUCACAGUAGAUCGUGAAAACAAUUUUAUUGUCCUUCUCCACAGUUUUGGCUGCAGGGUUAUCAUUGAUGACCUGGCCUAUCCUCUUGGAGUGGGAAGCAGCAAAAAGGAGGCAAAAAACACUGCAUCCAAACUUGCAUUCAGAGCUCUUACAGGGUUGGAUGACUACACACCCAGUAAGUGUUUGGUUAGCAUCUCAUUGUGGUUCCAAGUGAAAGAAAAAUAAUUGUGUUCUUUUUAACAGGGAACACACUCUAGCUUAUUAAAUGAUUUAUUCGAUUUUUUUUGCAUGACAGACAGUUAUCGAUUUACAAACAAUUUCCAUUCCCGAGGUCAUUCAGUAUGUUUUUGUUUGUUAUGGGCCAAACCACCCAAAUACAUGUAUGCAAUUUUGCCGAAUAUGAUGUUAUCCUAUAUGUUAGAGGCCAUACAUAUGAAAAGCAUUGGAUUCAAUUUCAAGUUCAUGGCUGUUUUACACCUUCAUGUUUUAUUUGCCCAUCUCUUUUUUUUUAUUAUGUCCUUGAUUUCUAGUUUGCCUUGCACCUGAGAUUGACGACAACAGAUUCAUUGAAGUCCGAACUGUCACCGACCUGUGUCAGGAGAGGAAUCUCCUGUAUAACAAAGACAUCAGAGUGGACAUUGACAGGUAAGUUCUUUUUAAAUAUCUCUGUAUAUAAUCUAUCUGGAAACAAGAGGGCCAAGUCAAGGCCGCUAAAUCAAAAAAAUAAUAAAUAUUUCACAGUAAAAAAAAAAAAAAAAUUUCUAUAACCAUGAAAGUUGAUAAUAUAAGUUUAUUUAACUUUAAGAUUUUAUAAGGUUAAUGUAUACAGUAAUAUGCAGACCUGUUUACCCCUGGGCUAGUAUCAGAGUAGGUUUCAGCUCUCAGAAACAUAGUUUCAAUCUCCAAAGAGUAGUUAAGGCUGGGGGGGGGGUUGCACUUGUUGGCAAUCAAAAUACAAGUUGUAUCAGGAAAUCCACUCAAUUGCUUAUAUGUUAACGCAAAUGAACAUACACAGACCUGUUUACCCCUGGGCUAGUAUCAGAGUAGGUUUCAGCUCUCAGAAACAUAGUUUCAAUCUCCAAAGAGUAGUUAAGGCUGGGGGGGGGGGGUUGCACUUGUUGGCAAUCAAAAUACAAGUUGUGUCAGGAAAUCCACUCAAUUGCUUAUAUGUUAACGCAAAUGAACAUACAGAAUAUUGUCCUCGGAUUUGUUUCUUAAUGAUGAGAAAAGGUCUAAAAUUCAUGACUAUUGCAACACAACUGUUUUUUUUUUUGUGUGUGCCAAAAUGAAAACAAGUAUGAAUUUGUAUACUUAAAAACAAUAUUAAGAAACAAUAACAAAAUUUACCAAUAAAUGUGUAUGAAUGGAUAUAUUUAUUAAAUUUGCUAGCCAUAGCGCAAAUUUUUCAUUGGUUUACUUCAAAGUUUUUACCCAUUUUUUGCCUUGAUUUUUAAAAAAAACUUUAACUUCAAUCAUGUUAUCCACAGAAACUGUAUGUGUAAUGUGCUUGUCCUAAUCAUCUCCAUCGUGUUAUCCACAGAAACUAUGUCUGUACUGUAGUUGCCCUAACCAUCUCCAAUCAUGUUAUCCACAGAAACUAUGUCUGUACCGUAGUUGUCUCUGGUUUGAAGGCUGUUAAAAAGAGCAGCUGUCAGAGAGAGGAUGCAGUUCUAGAGGCUCAUAGAGAGGUUCUCAAAAUGUUACAAGAAAAUGCAUCAGAAGUAAGAAUCUCGGGAUAGGAUGACAUUUUUAUAGAAGUGGGAAAGUUGUGGGGGGGGGGGGGGGGGGGAAAAACAAGAUUUUUUUUUUUUUUGUUUUUUUUCCUUUGCUUUAGUUUUUUUUUUUUAAUGAUGACUGAUCGGUAGCUCACCUAUUUUUAAUUUAACUUUUAUUUUAUAAUUAUAGUCAAAUGCAUGUCUGUGUUUUUUUUUUCAUUAGUUUUGCUUGAUUGACAUUAACUAGAAAUAACCCGCCAAAAAAUAGCUGGCAGCAGUGCAUGAAAUUCCCAUUUACUAAAGUUACUUGACAAAACAUGCAUUCAUGUUUCACACUUCAUAAGAACGCACCCGUUGGUGCCAACUUCUGGGAAUUUUAUUUUGUGGGCCCAUUGAAGACAGCCAUACAUGCAAAGGGAAUUAUUAUUUUUGUUAUUAGUAUUAACAUAGUUAUUAUUAAGUAAAUUUGAGGUCAGUUUAAAAGGGAAAAAAAAGGUGGUGUAGGGCCUAAAUGGAUACACUGUGAAUAAAUAAACAUAACUGCUCUUUUACCAGCCUUCCUUUAUUUCUCCCUUUAUGGAACUGGACAUAACGAUUUUUUUGAUGUCCUCCCUUUUUUAAACCUUAACUUUGCUUCUUUGUGUGUUACUUUGUGGCAAAAUAUUUGGAAGGCUCACUGACCCACUUCCUGUCAUUGUAUCGAGCUGAAACUUGGCACAUUGACUCGUUGCAGACGACAACACAUUCUAUAAAAUUUUCAGCCCCAACACCCACCCCCAAAACAUCAAUUUAUCUUGUUUUUCAAGGGGAAGAUGUAGGAAAUGUGAUGCAAUGAUUUCUUAAGAACUGUAGCCAUCAAUAAGUUGCACAAAAAUGCAUAUAAAGAAUUUAUACGGGAAGAACCUUUGUUUUUAGGAAGGUUUUUUCCCCCAUAUAUAUAACCUGUACAUUUAGAGUAGCUUCAACUGUUUACAUCCAGUGGGGUUGUAGUUAUCUAGUCUUUGUUUUUCAUCAUUUAAAAGGAAAAAAAAAAAUGAAGAAAAUUGACAUAUGCUUUGAAAGUGAUAGUUAAAAAAUUUUUAAUGGAGAUAAAGUAUAUAUAUAUAUAAGCUUAGUUUAAUUUUAAUUUUUUAAUUGUCAAAAUAGAUAAUUUCAACUUGAGUACUUGAGAUCAUUUAUGUUGCUAAUACUCCCUGAACAUAGUUGAGUCAAUGGUUAUCUUUUGAAAUGGGAAACAUAAAUAUUGUCAGUGAGCUUUAUUACUUUGCACAGUGAGGUUCAUUACUUUGCACUGCAAGGUUCAUUACUUUGCACUGCAAGGUGCAUUACUUUGUGUAACGGACUAUGUUUUCACAUGUAAACAGAGAGGUAGCAUGAGUGGACAGUGAGUGUGUUCACCAGGUUUUUCCACGGGGAGAGACAAUCAAUGUGGAUUGUAUUUUUGAGAACAAAUGUGAACUCCACGUUUUUGGAGAGUAAAAUUAUGUUUUUGUCAGAGCGGUUGUUUUGCACGCUUUGCUGGUAAUAAAGUAUGAGUUGACUGAGAUAGUAGAGAGCUGAGCGCAGAGCAGUAGAGUCAGUCAGUAGCGUGAGAGCUGUGUGAUUAGACAGUUGAGCUGAGUUAUAGUAGUCUGAGGACGUGUCUUUCUUAAUGAUGGAAUACUAUAGAUAUAUAUGUGAAAUUACAUUCAUGCAAGGAUUAUUUAUUAAUAUUAUCAAUAUAAAGUGUGUUCAAUAAAGUACUGUGAGUUUUAACUAGAAUUGAGUAUUCUUCUUUACGUGCCUGAAUAAUAAGUGAAAGAAUGAAGAAGACUGAGUCGGCAUCCUGAAGCGUUAAUAUAAGUAACCAUACUACUGACAUAACCCACAGCAUAAGAAAUAACAUCCCACGCCAUGUCAGAGUAGAAGUGUGUUACAAAUGGUGUCAGAAGCGGUGUAACGACGAUGCGUUACAAAUAUUGUCAGAAGUGUCAGAACAACGAUGUAUUACAGAACAUUGAGUAACAAUGAUAUAUUUUAACAUUCGAAUCGAACGUCAUUACGCCCGAGUAUUUGUCAAGUCUGAGAAGAGUCCACGACACACAGAGCAAGCUGACAACGAUUGAAUUUAGGUCAGUCACGGGAGUCAAAAGUUGAGAGUUCAAACAGCUAACUGGUACACUGUUUCAAUUAUAUAACAGUGGAGUGAAUAUUCUCGUGGAAGAAACAGCAAGAAAUCUAUUUUACAGUUAUUAGUCAACGAAAGAGAUGAUCCACACAAAACCAAAAGAAGUCUGAUGUCAUUACAGAUGAGAUGUUUUAUCAAGACAGCGGAAGUAAGAUUUCCCCAGCAUAAUCUUUACUUUAUACAAGCCGCACAGUUCAAGUCAAGUAAUUCUUCAAGUAAUUCUUCAAUUACUCACAAGUGCAACAGAACCGGAGAGAAAUUAGACAAUUUUCAAUUAUUGGAUUAUCACAAUUACACUAUUACGCAAGGUACUUACAUUGGAGUAUUGCAGCAAUUUGUGGUGUAACUUUUCUCAUUGGAUUAUUUUACCCAAGUACACUACCACAUAGGAUUAUCUACUACCUAGAAGGAGCAUCUACUACAUAGGAUUAUCGAUUACACAGAAAUCAUAGCGUCACAGAGGAGCAGAGGUGACCAACUACGGAUUUCUUUUAAACACUUGGUAUUUAUGUAUUUAUGUGUUAUGUAUUAUAUAUAAUUUAAGACUUUAAAAAUCUACUUAUAUCAUACUUAAUUAGAUUAAGUAAAUUUUUACUUUUUCUGUAUAAUAUAAGUUUAAUUUUAGAGUAUACUGUAGGGACAUCCACGGUGUUAUCUUUCCUAGGGAAGUUUUUUUAUUAAAACGGUAAAGGUUUCUUCUGGCCCUAUUUAUAACACUGUAGGAUAAUUUUGUGUUAGCUGUGAAGUCUAGUUUGUACAUUGUCAUAACUGUUGUUUUUUAGUAGAUCGUGUCAUAUUUGUGCUAUUUGUCUUGUCAUUGUUAUACAUAUUGUCAACCUACUGUCAUAUUUUCUACUAUCUUGUGGUCCAUAAACUACACAGUACUUUUGUAUUUGUUGUCUCAUUUGUAUUCAUGUAAACGUCUACAUAUCUGUAUUUAUGUUGUGAAGUAGACAAUUUAAUUAUUUUAAAUUUUUCUUACACUUAUUUAUAACUUAUAAUUCAUGUAUCAACUUGCAUUUGUGUAUACAUUCAUUAACAUGUAGAUAUAUGAAAUAUCGUAAACUAUUUUAAUUGAUAACCAAAGAAUAAGGAGAUAACUGAUAUACUGAUACAUAACAAUAUAAUUUUAGUUACUCACAUUACACAUAAAAAAUGGCAGAGUACUUGGAAUUAUUAGAAGUAGGUGAGAAGCUUGGUUUGAAGCAGGAGAAAUUAACUGACUUCGUAACUCGAGAAAUGGACAAAAUACGAGACAGACAGAAAGAAGACAAAGACCGACAAGACAAAGACAAAGACCGAGAAGCUAGAAUGUUAGAGAGAAACGAUCUUAAACAAAUAGAAGAAAUGAAAUUAAAAGGACAAAAAGAAAUAGAAGAACUUAAAUUAAGAGAACAGGAUAUGAAAUUAAAAGAACAGGAUAUGAAAUUAAAAGAACAGGAUAUGAAAUUAAGAGAGGAAGAAAUAAAACUAGAAAGAGCUAGAAUAGAAUCAGGACAGCAUACACCAUCAACAAGCAAUAGAGAAACCAAUAGCACAUAUAAACCCAAAUUUAGAGAAUUUAAUGAACAUAAAGAAGAAAUUAUUAGUUAUCUGUCACAAUUUGAAGGCAUAUGUCAGUCUUACAAUUAUAGAGAAGAGACUUGGGCUAAUAUUUUAUUGAGCAGAUUAUCAGGGAAAAGCCUAAGCAUUAUCAAUUCACUUAGUGAAGAACAAAAGAAUAAUUAUACAUAUAUAAAGAAAGUUUUGUUAAAGUUCUAUGGAAACACAGAAGACAUUUAUAGAAAAAAUUUCCACAACAUAAGACUAGAGAGAGAAGUAGAUCCUAACACCACCAUAUUCAAUAUUAGAGACAAUCUUGUCAAAUGGCUUGAAUUAACUGAAAUUGACCUAAAUGAUCCAAAAGCAUUACUGGAUAUGUUUAUCAUAGACAAAAUAUUAAGAAAUGCAUCAGUCUCUUUAUUUUCAUUCCUUAAAGAGAGAAAGAUUAAAAAUGAGCGUGAGUUAGUUGACUCAAUCACAACAUUUAAAGAUGCUCACCCCAAUGAAGAGCUAGACAAUAGAAACAGCACACUAGCCUCUAUUAGAAACACACCCAGUGAUAGGGACAGUCAAAAACAAAACACAUAUCAAAACAGAAGAUACCAUAGCCUACCUGCCAGAUGGCAAAACAAUAAAUUUCAGAAAAGUCAUCAAAACAAUUACCAAACACCAUAUACUAAUUAUUCAAACAACAACAAAUGUUUCUACUGUGGCAUUCCAGGUCACAAAAAAUAUGAGUGUAGGAAAUUACAUAGAGAUUUAGGACAUUCACAACAAUACUAUCAGAGAACAUCACCCAACAGUAGUCCAAUUAGAUACAACAGUGCAAAUAGGAGUAGACAACCAUAUAAAAAUCAAAGAUAUAAUUCCAAUCAGACUAACAGUAGGCAAAACACCAAACCACAUGAAACUUUAGCUAGCGCAUGUCACAGUGAAAGAAGUUUACAAUUUUUUCCUUCUUAUGUAAACAACCAGCUUGUUCAGUGUCUAAGAGACACUGGUUGUACAACAAUAGUUGUAGAUAGAAAAUUAGUAAAUGACAACUACUACACAAAUGAAAAAGCCAUAGUUAUCUUAACCAACAAUAAUAGAAUAGAAUGUAAGAAAGCUAGAAUCAAAGUUGAUUGUCCAUGGAUCACAGGAUCUGUAACAGCUGUUGUAAUGGAUAAUCCAGUGUGUCCAUUAAUUAUUGGCAAUAUCAAAGAACUGGGCAAUAACAAUAAGGAUCGAAUAACAGAAGGGAUAAGAGGAAGACAUUUAAACAUAAAUCCAAUACAUAACAUAUCAAGACAACAUAAUAAAGGAAUUCUUAAUAAAACAUAUACAGAACAAAAAUCAGACAGGGCAAAACACAUUUUUAGACUAAAUUCAAGUAAUAUUCAUCAACACUACAGACAGGCUGAAAAAUUCAAUAAUGAAAUAAAAUACAGAGAAAACAAGUUUAUAGAAGAAGAACAUUACACAACUGCAAACAACAAUUUUAUGGGUAGAGAUAGACAAAGAGAUUAUAACAGAUCACAAUUAUCAUUUUCUUCAGUGCGAGGAAAUACUUAACAUUUCAUUUUAGCUAACCUAGCAUAACACCUUAUGAAAUCAAUUAUUAGUUGUCAAGAGGAAAAAUUUUUUCAAAUAUGAUAAUUGUCAAUACAGAACUAUUUUAUAAACUGUUUACAUUCUUGGUUAUCAACUUUUUCAUAGACAAUGACAAUAAAAUUAAGGUUAAAUUGAGCAUGAAGAGCAUUAAAAUAUAUAUGUGAAAUUACAUUCAUGCAAGGAUUAUUUAUUAAUAUUAUCAAUAUAAAGUGUGUUCAAUAAAGUACUGUAAGUUUAACCAGGAUUCAGUAUUCUUAUUUGCGUGCCCGGAUUAUAAGUGGAAGAAUGAAGAAGUCUUAGUCGGCAUCCUGAAAUAUCAACAUAACAUAAGUAACCAUACUACUGACAUAACCUACAGCAUAAGAAAUAAGAUCCCACGCCAUGUCAGAGUAGUUGUGUUACACUUUGCACUGUGAGGUGCAUUACUUUGCGCUGUGAGGUUCAUUAUUUUGCACUGCGAGGUGCAUUACUUUGCACUGUGAGGCGCUUUACUUUGCACUGUGAGGUUCAUUAUUUUGCACUGUGAGGUGCUUUACUUUGCACUGUAAGGUUUAUUACUUUGCAUUGUGAGGUGCUUUACUUUGCACUGUGAUGUUAAUUACUUCAACACUCUGAGGUUCAUUACUUUGCACUGUGAUGUUAAUUACUUCAACACUCUGAGGUUCAAAUGAAACGUGACACUACAAUUAAUGAAGUUGUGAGAGAGGUUCAUUACUUUGCACUGUGAUGUUAAUUACUUCAACACUCUGAGGUUCAUUACUUUGCACUGUGAUGUUAAUUACUUCAACACUCUGAGGUUCAUUACUUUGCACUGUGAUGUUAAUUACGUCAACACUCUGAGGUUCAUUACUUUGCACUGUGAUGUUAAUUACUUCAACACUCUGAGGUUCAUUACUUUGCACUGUGAUGUUAAUUACUUCAACACUCUGAGGUUCAUUACUUUGCACUGUGAUGUUAAUUACUUCAACACUCUGAGGUUCAUUACUUUGCACUGUAAGGUUCAUUACUUUGCACUGUGAGGUGCCUCCUAUCAAUAGCUAGUUAUAAGUGUUUCUGUAUUUAUUUUAGAAAAAACCUGAAGGGGCAGAGGUUAAUUCUGUGCUCCGCAUACCCUGUCCAGAAUUGGCGCGACAACGUGAACAGGCCGCCCUCGAAGCUCUUAGCAGGGAUCUUGCGUCACUUCCCCCGGACUUAGCUGCGAUGGAACAUCAACUGGCCUGUAUUUUCUUGGUCUGCAAUGAGGUGCCAGGUUGUAUUCAAUUACAUUUUUUUCUCUGUAUUUUCCUGGCUAACUUUUACAGUGUCAACUCCUAAGUCUACUUGGAGUGAUUAAUUCAUCAAGUUCUCUCACACAUUGAAUAUGUCGUACUAUUCUUACUAUCAUUGAAUAAACUCAAGUCCUUUUCAUAAUAUUUAUAACUUUAAUAUGUAAGUAUAUACUAUACACAUAAAUGUAGCGCACCUCGCUAUCAGACAUAAAUAAUAUACAUCCUACUUCCACAAAGUUCCACUCAAGACUGCCGCAAGACUAAAACUUACGUCACAAUAUUGUCUGAACAAUAUGUCACACUCAGCAUAAAAAUACGUCAUAGAUUUGAGCGCUGGAAGAGCGUUCAUUAUCCAAUAAAACUCUCAAAAACACACCGAGCGUAAUGAACAUAAUACCCAGUCGCAACAAUUACUAAUGAACUCCCAUACAUGACAUACAUUUGCAGUAUUUAUGAGUUCAAAAUGGGCCGAAACGUUGCAAUCUUUACCGAUUCAAUGCUUGUUUGUGUUUUUUUGAAGUGGUGAGAAAGUGCUGGAUAGACCCAACGUUGUUAAGUGCCAUUUUGUAAGUCAUCACCCACACAAUAGAUUCCAGGUGUAACUUGACAUGUACGUGUAGCAGCAAAAAAACACAAAAAACACCAAAAAAAACAACAAACAAAGUCAAACCAUGGGUUAAAGCCAUCUUCAGAGAAGUGGUUUUAUUUAGGGGGGGGGGACUGUCUGACAGCAUGAACUUAAGAAAACACUAUUUUAGAAAAUGCACCUGCGGAGCUAAAGUAACCCCUCUUGUGGAACAUCAGUUGCCGGAUAUGUUAAUAAAUUAUGUAUGAGUUAUGCCCCAAACAUAAUUCAAUGUUUAUUGUUUAUAUUGAUAAUGACAACUGAAUGGCAAAAUGGAAUUGCAAAUUUGAAAAGCUUCCCAGUGCAUUUAUAUUGAGAGUGCUAAGUUUAAAAAAUAUAUGUUUGAUUUAUUUUUGUUAUUUGCCAUUUAAUAUCCUCAUUAUUUUAUCUCCGCCAGAGUACUCGGGUGCUGGUGUGAUUGUUGCCUUAGGUACAGGAAACAGCAGCAUUGGGGUGGAGGCUUUGGCUGAAGAUGGCCGAUGUUUGAUUGAUAGCACUGCCCUAACUACCGCCAGGAGGUCCUUUAAAAGGUACUUGAGUAAAAGUAGUUAAGAUUUUAAUAUAGAUGUACUCACAUAGAUAAACACAAGGGUGUGGCCACAUAGAUAAACACAUGGGUGUGGCCACAUAGAUAAACACAUGGGUGUGAUCACUUUAAUAAACACAUGAGUGUGAUAACAUUAUCAAACACAUUGGUGAGAUCAGUUUGAUAAAGACACAGAGCACCAUGGCAUAUUGAGGUAGUUUGUUGGGUCAAGGUGGUUCCAGAAGCUGCCCAUAGUGACAUUAGUGGGAAGACAAAAUGAUUUCCUGGGUUAAGACCACACAGGUUAUUUUCUAGAAAAAACUGGCAAGCACAUUUGCAAUAUUAAUCAACUGGCAAGCACAUUUACUAAGAGCAACUAACUGUCGAGCACGUUUACUCAUAGUAAUUGGUAACUUUUUGGGGCCAUCUUCUAUAAAGAGAAAUAACAUAGAAGUAGUAACUUCAGACAAACAAAUUUCAACAGAUUUAAUGUCUGCUAAAUGAUGCAAGGGCUUGCAUCCAAAUUCUUCUUUCCUGAAUCUGUUUCAGCAUUAUACACAUUUGUCAUCCAAAUGAUUCCAUACCCCAAUAGUGGCAGCCCGCAUGAAUUUCUGAUGUUCAUUUCCAGGUACCUGGCCAAGGAGAUAUUGCUGUGCCUAACCAACAAGCCUUCCAUCUUUGAGAGGACCGAAGAAUACACCAGGAUGAAGCUGAUGGACAGCUUCAGUUUUCACCUGUACCUGAGCCAUCCGCCCGAUGGUGACUACAAGGAGUCAAUACAGAGGUGACUAUUAUAUCUGUUGCAUGAGGAUCAUUUUGGAACCACGCUCGCCACAAGUACAUUUUCACAAACCUUGUGACAGGACCACUUUCAAAUGAUUUAGCAUGACAUUACUAUGUUCAGUUGCAUCAGUUUUCUUGGGCGGAAUAACAGUUUAAAUCACAGGUCACAGAUUUCAUUUUGCACAAUUUUGGGAUCAUGUCAAAGCUAUGAAAAAUGACCCUCAUUUUAACACACGCCUCAGCUAAGGAUUUUCUCUUUACUAGGAACUAAGCCUAUAAGUUAUAUUACCCUUUGAGAACGUUGUAAGAUAAGAUAAAAUUCUUUUAUUGAUCCAAACAAAUGGAAAGGUUUUAUGAUUGAAUUGUACAUUUUCAGCACAUAAAUAAAACAAUUUGAACACAAGACAUUUAUAAUAAAUUUUUUCACUAGUAAAAAAAAACCAGUCAUUCAGUAAGCUCUCUUAGCCAUAUCAGGGACUUAUUAGUUCUCAUUAAGAUGUGUGACUUCAGAGGGAGCUCGCUGGUAAAUUUGUGCAGAUUGGGGAACAAAGGAAUUUUUAUAUCUUUCAGUCCUCGCCCUGAUGGAAAGAAUUCGGCCUGAUCCUAAGUAUCUGUGAUGAAGAGGGUGGGAUGUAUCAUCCAAAAUGUGUUUAGUUUUACAAUAACAUCUUUCUUCAAAUAGUUCUUCAAGUUAAGGAAGUUUAGUUUGUGUUAAGUUCCUAGCUUUCUUGAGUAGUCGGUUUAUGCGGUGUUUAAUAUCAGACGUUGAAUUCCCACACCAGCAGGUAAUACUGAAAUUAAGUAGGCUUCUAAUUGUUGCACUGUAUAAUUAGUUAACGACUUGUUCACGCCGUAAUUGUACAGUUUUUUGAGGUAGAACAGUUUUUGGUUGAAUUUCUUAUACAGCAUUUGACCGUGCUCAUGCCAUGUUAGUUUAUUAUUAAUGGUGACACCUAAGCACUUAUAUGCCUCUACUUUCUCUACACUUUGAUUAUUUAUGUUGAGAUCUGUAAUCUGGUGUUUCCCCCUCCUGAAAUCAACAACUAUUUAAUUGUUUUUGAGACAUUCGGCUGGAGAAAAUUUUCAUCGCACCAAUUGAUAAAGCUUGUAACUAAGUUGUGGUAUAAGCCUUGGAAUGGUGUCGCUUGAGCUUGGAAUAUCAUUAAUAUAUAUUGUAUACAGUACCGGGGAGAGAACGCAGCCUUGUGGUGCCCCAGUGCUUAUUUCUCGGGUUAGAGAUAAUUGGUCAUUUACCUUGACAUAUUGUGACCGAUUUAUUAAAAAGUUCAGUAUCCAAGCUUGAAUAUUCAAAUUUACACCUAGACUAACAAGGAAAGUUUCUUCAUCAUAAGGUGUGGUUGGAUAGUGUUAAAUGCUGAAGAGAAGUCUAAUAAUAGCACUCUGGCAUAUUUUUUUGGACUGUCUAGGUGAUGGUAAAGUCUCUCCAACAAUAGUAAGAUAGCAUCCUCCAUACUUCUGGCAGGUUUGUAAGCAAAUUGGUGGGGGUCAAGUUUUUGCUGUACUUCAUUCAAAAUUUGUCUCAGAAUAAUUUUCUCAAAACAUUUCAUUACAAUAGAGGUAAGUGCAACAGGUCGUAAGUCAUUGUUGCAAGCUACCUUAUUUUUCUUUGGAAUUGGUAUGAUUUCUGAAGUUUUCCAAAUUGUUUGUAUUGUUACAUACGAUUUAUUAAAUAUGUAACAAAAAAUUUAGGAGAACUGCUCUGAGCAUAGUUUAAGGAGCCCACCACUUAAUUUGCCUGGCCCCGAGGCCUUGGCUGCGUCUACUUGUUUAAAUACUGACAUCACUUCCUGUUCGGUGAACAAUAAAGUACCAUCCUGUGUACUACUGCCAUCUUGAAAUGAAUUCAUCGUCUCAUUGUGUACACUUCCAAAGUCCAGGCUGUCAAAACAACAACAAAAGUCAUUUUAGUCAUUAACAAAAUUCUUCACGUCCUCGACACACAAGCAUUUAUGUUACCAUCAUUGCCAAAAUAUUGCCUCCUAAUGGCUGUCUGUUCAGAAUUCCUUCAAAGAGUAAGAAAAAUAUAAAAAUACAUAAAUGAUUUUAAUAUAUCCAUCAGGAUUAAAGGCAUUAGUUUAUUUCUGAAUUUACAUUUUGAAAUUUUUCCCCAAUACUAUCUUAAGCAAAAACAUGGUUUUAUACAAGAGGGAAAUUAUCUUCAUUUUGCAUUUUAUUUUUAAUUAUUACCAUACAAAUUCUGCAAUAAAAAAAAUCCAAUGUUAGUUAUAGAACCAGUAUUUGUUUGCCCAUCUUCAGUUUUAAUUGACCAUAAAUAACCUUAUUGGUGACCUGUUCAUUAUUUUAAUAUUGAAAUUCUCUGCCUACGCAUGAGGUGAGAUUUUUGUGUUGUCCUUUCAGCCCAAGUGAACUCACCGACCAACAGCUGGAUGAAAUUAAACUUGGUGCCCACUACCCCACUUUUAAAGAUUCUGGCCAUGGAGCACUCAGGUGUAAAAAUGAGCAUGGUAGGAAUAUCCCUUUUCUUAUCAAUGGUCUCAAAGUCACAAUACCUGGUUUGUUUUACAAUCCUGGGCAUUUACCAGUAUAUUAUUUCAAUAUCAAUAACCAAUUAACACAUUGAUAAACUUGGACAUGUUUAACCGACUCUUGCCUAAACUUCUUACCGACUACAGCCUUACGUACUUAACCCAACUUCUACCUAACAUACUUAACUGAAUCCUGUCUAACUUCUUAAACGACUCCUGUCUGACCUACUUAACCGACUCUUGCCUAACCUACGUAAAGGCUCCUGCCUAACCUACUUAAACAUUAUCACUAUUAUUUUCUGCAUUAAUUUAAAUACAUUCAACAUGUAUCUGUUCAAUUGUUUCAUCAUCUAAACUUGCUAUUCCGUUAAGCUUAGCAGCUUGUCACAAAUGAGCUUUGAGUCAUAAUAUUUGAACUUGGAAAGCCAUGCUGAAUUUCAAACUCCUAAUAACUUUUAAACGAAGAAGGAUAAAAAUAUACGGAUUCUUCUUGAGUGGCUAGGUGGCAUUAAAGAGCCUUGUAUGGCGCCAUCUUAUCUCAAAGCACUCAUGACGCCUCAUGUACCCACUAGAGAGCUCCGCUCAUCUGAUAGUGGCAAAAUAUCGAUACCGUGUUUUCGGCCUGAGACUUACGGAAAGCGCACUUUUGCAUUUGCCAGCCCAACAAUUUGGAACGCACUUCCAGUCGCUCUCAGAAACAGCCAGACACUGGAGUCCUGUAAAACCGAUUUAAAAACACAUCUAUUUCGCAAACACAUUCUAGGGUGAUGCUAUCUACCAUCUUUUUUCAGUUAAUGUAUAUUGGCUUGUGUUGCUUAUGGUUGAAAUGGGAUGAAAGACUUUGACUGGGUAUGCUCGUAUGUAGCUUUAUAUUGUUGCUUCUCUUUUUAAUGUAAAUUUUAGAUUGUUUUUAUUUCUCUUUUUAAUAUGGUUGACUUUGUACCGCGCUUCGAGCUUUUGGGGAUGAAGCGUGUUUUUCAAAUAAACUUUAUUAUUAUUACUAUUAUUAUUAUGUGACUAUUUGUCUGUCAUGCUACAUCUCGGCAUUGUAUGCAGGCGCUGGUGGGAAUUUGGGAGGCAAAAUCAGUCGAUUAUGUCAGUGGCAGGUUUAUUUUUGAAACAUAAGCAAAUUUUCGGAAAUAACAUAUGCAGGUUGUGCAUAGAAUCAAACAUAUUUACCAAGAAAUGGGUCCCUCAGAGACAUCUAACCAGUGUUGGCUGCAUUAUCUGCCAAGUAGAUUCUGCCGUGGUGUUAGUUUUUACUUUUCAACUAUGCAUUCAACACUCUGUAUUAUAUGAGUGUUGGACUGCAAUAAAGGUUUCAAGUAGAUGAACGAGACACAAACGAUUUGUGUAAAUACAACAAUGCAGGUUAAGCUUUAAUACUGGUAACCAAGAUGACAAAUUAAAACUUUUUGGCAAAGGUCUUCAUCAGUAAAAACAACAUUCAUAUAAGUAUGCAUUAAAUUUAUAUCUCUUAUUUACAUUUUGCUUGUGGUGUGACUGCUUCCAUUUCCGGGUAGCGUGCGAAAUAUAAUUCCUGAUAACUACGCUAAAUGAUUUUUUUUUUAAAUAAUGCAACUGCGUUUGGUGCGUAAUAUUUUCUUUUUGGAAAAUGAAAUCAUCUCAAUUUAAAUAUGGAGUAAUAAAUAUUCAGUUUAAAUGUGGUUAGGACAUCAGAAUAUUUAAUAUAGUUCAUUGGCAUGAAAUAAAAAGUGUCCAGUGACGUAUCAUGGGGGGUGAAGGGGUGUAACAAAAAUUGGGAUUCUUAAAUGUGCGUUACUUGAGUUCAUAUUUUGUCAAGUAACUUAAGUAGAUGGGAAGCUCAUGCAUUGCUGUUGCCAAUGUUUGGCGAGCUAUAACUAGUAAUAUAUAUUUAUGUAUCCUACCUAAAAAUGAAAGAAAAGAAUAAAAAUGGGAAAAAAAUUUACUCAAAUUGUGUCUCAUUAAUCUAAAUUUCUUCUACAGGAAGGAAUUAGAAUUACAGCUAUCUCAAACAUGUUGUCCUCAAUUUCCUAGGAAUGCUUGAGAUGACCUCUCAGAUGCCAGAGCUGAAGUCACUGAGUGAGGUUUGCAUGGCCAAUGAAAUGUGGGUCAUGACAGCAUCUGAUAAACUGCUUAGGUGGAAUGUGCUCGGCCUUCAAGGAGCAGCUCUGUCUCAUUUCAUUGAUCCAGUCUACCUGGCCUCUGUCACCCUGGGUAUGUGUUUAUUUAACUUUUUUUUUUUUUAUAAAAUUCUAACAACUUAUGAUAUUUUGAUAAUUAGCAGCAAGCAUAUUUAUCUAGAUUUACUUAAUCCAAUGAAGUUUUAAUAAAUCUAUAAAGUGAUACAAAUGACUCGAAUGAAGCCAUGCAACAGGGACAGUGAAGGAAACAUCACACAUGCAACUAUAGAUGGCCAUUAGAGACCACAAUCUGGGAAAAACAUGGAUGGUCAUUAGAGACCACAAACUUGGAAAAUCAAGGAUGGCUCUAGAGACCACAGUGUUGGAAAACAUGGAUUGCCAUUAGAGACCACAAUUCAGGAAAAACAUGGAUGGCCAUUAGAGACCACACGCGAGGAAAAACAUGGAUGGCCAUUAGAGACCACAAUCGAGGAAAAACAUGGAUGCCCAUUUGAAACCACAAUCAAGGAAAAACAUGGAUGGCCAUUAGAGACCACAAACUUGGAAAAUCAAGGAUGGCUCUAGAGACCACAGUGUUGGAAAACAUGGAUGGCCAUUAGAGACCAUAAUUCAGGAAAAACAUGGAUGGCCAUUAGAGACCACAAUUGAGGAAAAACAUGGAUGGCCAUUAGAGACCACAAUUUAGGAAAAACAUGGAUGGUCAUUAGAGACCGCAAUUCAGGAAAAAAAUGGAUGGCCAUUAGAGACCACAAUGUUGGAAAAUCAAGGAUGGCUCUGGAGACCAGUCUCAGAAAAACCAUUGCUCUUCUUUAUCCUCGCCGGCCAAAUAUUCUAAACUACUUUUCGCCCUACACCCGUUAUUGCUAUUCCCUUCACCCUCCUUUUAAUUUGGUUUCCUUUCAUCCUACCCAGCCCUCUCCUCCUCACCCUUCCCUAACAUCUCAACCUCCCAUGUGCCCAUCCCCAGACCGACCCCCCAAUGACCCCUUAACUCAAAGUUCUCACCCCUCACAAAUUUGCCCUCUCUUAUAAUCAUCCAUUACGGUGAGCUACAGCCAAAGUCAAGUGAAUAGUUGCACGAAUGAUACCUUUUUUUUUAAUACUUUAGUUAAUCAUCUAAAAUAAAACUUUAUUUCUUUAUUCUUCAGGUUACAAUGUAAACAAUGACCAUGGACACUUAUCUCGAGCCAUUUGUUGCCGACUGUACAAUGAUCUGAACGAUUUGCUACCAAAACCUUACACCAUCAACCAUCCCACUAUCGACUUUGCCCCCGUCCCACCCAGCAUUAAGCUCGUCAAGGGCACAGAGCCUACAAGCAUUUCGUUAAAUUGGAACUUUUAUGACAAAAAACUGGAAGUGACUGAUGGCGCUGUUGGUCGCACUCAUCCCAUGUAAGUCUAAGUCAGAGCCCAUAGGCGCUGUUGGUCGCACUCAACACAUGUAAGUCUAAGUCAGAGCCCGUAGGCGCUGUUGGUCGCACUCAACACAUGUAAGUCUAAGUCAGAGCCCGUAGGCGCUGUUGGUCGCACUCAACAAAUGUAAGUCUAAGUCAGAGCCCGUAGGCACUGUUGGUCGCACUCAUCCCAUGUAAGUCUAAGUCAGAGCCCAUAGGCGCUGUUGGUCGCACUCAUCUCAUGUAAGUCUAAGUCAGAGCCCAUAGGCGCUGUUGGUCGCACUCAUCUCAUGUAAGUCUACGUCAGAGCCCAUAGGCGCUGUUGGUCGCACUCAUCCCAUGUAAGUCUAAGUCAGAGCCCGUAAAACUCCUCACCAAAAAUUUGUCAUACUUUGGAAAUAAUGUAAAUAUAAGGAAAACAUUGAGGGAUCAUCCUGGAUAACAACAGGGAUGCUACCUGCCAACAUUGUAGCCUGGUCCAGGAAACACUAGGGCAUCUGUUGACUGAAUGUCCCUCCCUAGAUGUUCCACAGGAAGUCCCGGGCGGCGGGAGAUUCCCAUGUGAGGAAAAUGUUAUAUGGCUCAGCUCAACAGAUGGGGCUGGUAGCCAAUGUACUAGCCGGGGUCAUAAGAGAGUAAUCUCAGACCCUCACCAGAAUAUGUGUGUUAGUUAGGGAUCAUCCCAAUAGUCGAUGACCAAUCAAGAAAGUAAUGAGGGGACACAGAGGGUGUGUUUGAAGAAUUAGUCAACAAAAAGAAAAAAACAACUUAUUUUAUUGAUCAAAUUAUAUUUGCUAUAUAUUCAUGUGAGCACACCAUUUACUUUUAUAAUGUAAGCUGCUAGCAUUCUAACAUGUAAUGUACACAACCAUCUCAUCAUUGUACACGUUUGGUAUGCAGUGGCUUUCUCUUCACACAACACCCAAAGCCCCCCUACACUAUGUACUGACAAAUUUUGAUUAUAUUUUCUCUGGUAUUUUUUUCAAGCGGUUUCCAUUCAUUUCAAAUGUCAGGAUGUUGUUGUCUCUUCUCAGUUCUCCAUUCAAAGUAUCUGCAACGACACCGGUGAGCCGCAACUGCAAGGCUGGACUACACAUCAAGUGGUUCAGAGAGCUGUGCACCACGAACCCUGAACACUCCCUGGUCUCUUUCUUUUCCAACAAGUCACCAGCCGAGGUCAAGGCUAAGGCCACAGCCUACCAAAAGGCCAAGCAGGAAUUGUUCAAGCACUGCCAGUCUGUCGACAUUGGUCAAUGGGUCCACGCACCACCGGAGCUGAGUUUUUUUACCCACUAGGGAAACAAUCUCCUAUUGAAUUCCUGUAUAACUUUGUUAUCAUAAUCAUACUGUUUUAAAGUGGAUGCCUCCUUCCUAUUCAUUUUCCACCAAACAGUACUGAUGAUAACAAAAGAGAGAGUAAGAGACAAGCCCUCCUCCUCCCCCCCCACCCCACCCCCCAAUAGCUUUUCAUAAUAAAUUUUCAAUCAUCAUAUAUAUUUUUCUCUAUUGACAUUACUGACAGCAACCUUACACAUACAUUGCUGACAGAAACCUUACACGUACAUUGCUGACAGCAAUCUUGCACAGACAUUGCUGACAGCAACCUUACACAGACACUGCUGACAGAAACCUUACACAGACACUGCUGACAGCAACCUUACACAGACAUUGCUGACAGCAACCUUACACAGACACUGCUGACAGCAACCUUACACAGACAUUGCUGACAGCAACCUUACAC